AUGGGCUUAUGUGUAUCAAAACAACCAAAAAAACCUAAACCUCUUAUCAGAUUAAUAAAAAUCAAAAUGGAUGCUUGUAAUAAAUCAAAAGACCUUGAUGAAGCCAUUCUAAUAUGGAACAAAAUCAAUGGAGUAAUUUAAUAAAUCAAAACUACUUCUAACAUUCCAAAUGAUUUAUAAGAAGAUGCAAAUAAAAUUAAUAAAUUCCUCAAAUCUCCUCGUAAUCAAAAGUUUCUUGAAACUUUCUUUUCCUAUUACGACUAAUUCCAAUAAAAACUAAAUGAACAAAUCAAUCAAUAUUAAGAAUUAUGGAUUCAAUUCGAAAGUAUCUUCAGCAACUUAGAUUCUCUUAAUGACAAAUUCACUGAGUUAGGAUUUGCAUCUCGUCUUGGACAUACUCAAUCCUUAACUAAAUAUAAUUGA